AUGUCCAUAAUCAUGGACCCUGCUUUCCCCCAUGGAGAAAACAUGUGGUUCACAGGGCAGUGCAUGCCUUCUACAGGCCCAAGGAACAUGGUUGUGAAUUUUUGUGAUGCAAAUAUACCCUCUCCCUUGGCAAUAAACUGUCAGGAUCUGUGCAGUCAGUAUAACAUGGGACAAAUGCUACCCUACCCACAAAGUUGCACACCAGUAACUCUGGGUCCUGCAACCAUGAGAUGUUCUUUGGAUUUCCCAUUUUUUCCUAUGCAGAAUACAUCCAUAGUAAGCACCCCACAACAGGAACAAUCCAUAUAUUAUCGUAGAGAUACUGACCAUGAAGUAAUUUGUACAAGUUGCAAAGAAGAGAGGAGAAGAAAUCUUAUCAGACAGGUGCAUGAUUUAGUCAAAGAACAUGGCUGUCUUGAAGUUUCUGGUCAAAAACUUUUAGGCUGGUAUAUGAUGCUUGCUGCAGAAGACAGAAAAAUUAUAAAAGAAUCUGGUCACAUAACGGAGUUCAUACAGGGCAUCCCUUCCUUGCAGUUAGACAACAAUUGUGUGAAACUAAAAGACUGCACUUACAGGAACAUGGAAGAAAAUGCAAUAAAUGUGAACGUGUGGAAUAGUUCAAGGCAGGCUACGUUCUACUGUGUUUGGUCCUGUAAGAACUGUGGUUUCAGUAACAGUUUAAAAGCACUGACUUGCAAACAGUGCCACUCUGCUAUGAACGAGCUGGAGCAGAGUAACCUUGCAGUUGAUUUUGAGUCCUGCAAUUAUGAUACAACCUUUUUAUCUGAAGGUGACUCCUAUUACAACAAUGCAAGAAAUAAAGAGAAACCAACCAAAAGCAAAGCUGAAGAUACAUUUCUUGUUGGCAGAGGAGAUGAACUUUAUUCAAAUUUCCAGCCUAUAAAUAAACUUGUAUCCAAAGUUAGUCCUCAAGAAAUAGUAUCGCCUAGAAAUGAUAAAGUUUUCGAGUCUCUGGAAGGAAAACCAUAUAUGGAUAAGUAUAUACAAAAUUGUGAUGGAGCUUCCCAAACCCAUCAGGUGAUUUGUGAGACUUUAAGUCAGAAACUACCGUUAAAUCCAACCGGAAGUUCCAUGUUUGUGGAAGGGUCUUCAGGAUUGCUAAUGCAGAACAUCAAAGAAAAAGAGGAGAUGCACACAGAAGGUAAACCAGUACAAGAAUUUGUGCCCAGUUUUGAUCAUUUUGAGGACUCUGGAAUUACAGAAGACCAGAUGUUUGCAAGCAGUGAAUUGUUUUUGGAUGACAAAAUAAGUUCUGCAGUUGAGGAACCAAAUGAAUAUCUUACUUGCACUAGUGAAGAACCCAUUAUUCUAGACAGUUCUUCUAGUGACCUAAAUGAUGAUACUUCUUUGUCCAUUAGGAGUGGAAGCUACUACAGUCUGCGCAGUAAUUCCAGUUCACCCAUUUUCAUUGAUGGCCAGCCAGACCUAGAACUGAGUUACUUUGAAGAGGAAGACUUUCCAAAUUAUUCAAAGGUGAUCAGAAAUACGAUCUCAAAAGCAGUCAAUACUGAUAUGCCCACAGUAGACCAGCCUUGUCUCCCGCAAUUAAAAACUGCACAAACAAGAGAUGUGUCCUGUAAUACAGAACUCUCAUGUCUGAUAAGACAUGAAAAAGGAUGUCAGACCGAUGGAUUGGACACACAAGAUAUAGUUGCAAAUGCAGAUAUUUCAAUUUCUGAACUUUUCUCCAAUACUCGGGUAAGACUAUGUGGAAUGUAA